ACCUCUCCAUCCUCUCUCCGUAACGAAAGAGAAACGAGCGGAGGAGGCAACGGAUGAGAGGAUGGCAGCGGUCACCAUAUCUCCAUCCCUCCUUCCCCAUGUCUCUGCUCCGAAUUCUCUUUUCUAUUCCACCUCCAAGAUCGCCAAUUCCACUCUCCCACCACCCUCUUCUGCUCUCCUUCGACCGCUCUACUACCAUUUUGGAAGAGUUUCGACGAAAAGAUCGCAGCUUGGGAGGGUUUCUGCCGCAUCUGGGGAUGUCCUGCCUUCGGAGGCUACAAUAGAGAAGGCCCAGCAGAUACCUCCAGCUGCUGCUCAGGAUGGCGGCGUCUCCACCGUUGUCUCUGCUCUUCUCUUGAUUGCCUUUAUUAGUCUCUCCAUUCUCACUAUAGGGGUGAUCUACUUGGCGGUGCAAGAUUUUCUGCAGAAAAGAGAAAGGGAAAAGUUCGAGAAAGAGGAGGCUGCCAAGAAGAAGAAGAGUGGAAAGAAAGGAAAGGUCAAGGCAAGAGCUGGACCAAGAGGCUUCGGCCAAAAGAUUGAAGAAGAUGAUGAUUAGAUUUAGGAAGAAUUUUCUCUUCGACUCUUUCAACUUGUGAAAUUAAGAAGAAGGUGCCAUUUGAUGCUCUAGAGUCAUGCAAAUAUGGUCCUAAUUUCAUUUGUCAGAUGUUUAUCAGCAUAUAGAAACAUUUGUAUCAGUGCAAUGGAUUAUUUUGUUGUUGCAUUUGUUCAUCCUGAACUACUAUGAAGGGAAUUUUCCAAAACAAUCAAGAU